AUGCUUACAUAUGCAAUGGUUUCUGGCAGUUUUGCGCGCCUUAUAUUUCUAGUGCGCAGCCAAACACAAAACCGAUCGCUUCCCCCGCUGACGUUGAUCAGCAAACUGCACUUGGAGCAGCACAUCACAGAUGAGGCCUCCUUAACCAAGCUCGGGGCCAUUCAGUCCGAUUCAACCCAGAAACCUUGUCCUUGUCUGCGGCCAAGUGCCGAAGCACAAAAAUACUCCUCGACCAAGUGGCAAGUACAUGGCAGCUGCUGCAACUGCAGCAGCUGCGGCGGUCCACUAGCACACGGACAUCAUACUCGGCUGCAGCUCGGCACAGAGGCAACUAAAAACGAGUAA